UAAUGAAUGUUAUAACCAUUGAAGACUAUAAGAGCACAUAUUGGCCAAAGUUGGACAGUGCCAUAGAUCAACUAUUAACUCAGAGUCCUGGUGACUACAUCCCUAUCUCCUAUGAACAAAUAUACAGUUGUGUGUAUAAGUGUGUAUGCCAGCAGCAUUCGGAACAGAUGUAUAGUGACCUAAUAAAAAAGAUAACUAACCACUUAGAGAGAGUCUCAAAGGAGCUGCAGGCCAGCCCUCCAGAUCUCUAUAUUGAAAGAUUUAACAUAGCUCUUGGACAGUAUAUGGGAGCAUUGCAGAGCAUUGUGCCUCUUUUCAUAUAUAUGAAUAAAUUUUACAUAGAAACCAAGCUUAACAGAGACUUAAAAGAUGACCUUAUAAAGCUGUUUACGGAACAUGUUGCAGAAAAGCACAUUUACAACCUAAUGC